AUGGAGAUCAGGGUUGCCCGGUGGCCGCUGGGCCCUCGUGCCUUCGUCGUUGCGAAGCGCUUCUACAAUCCGCCAACGACGCCGAAGUCCGACAUUCGCGCAGCCAGGAAGUCAUGGAGCAAGCAGCACCCGGACUUCCGCACGCGGAGGCCGCUGGUGGAGCCGUACAACCUCGGCCGUCUGCACCCGGAGAAGGAGUGGUGGAAGCUCCCACGGAAGGGGCUGAGCCCGCAGACGUUCAUGGGCUUCCCCGACGUCGCGCACAUCGAGAAGCGCGGCGGUGCGCUGUAUACGCACCUGAUGGACGGCCAUACGCUCUGCAUGGUCGUAUACCGCUGCAUCGAUAAGGACGUUCGCGAUUUCGGGAUAUGGCGCAGCCUGGCGCAACAGGCGCUCAACCUGGCCAUGGGACUGGACCCCUACAUAGUCUCGCUGCUAUUCCUGUACUUCUCCAGGAGCGACCACUACGACUACCGGUUCGUCGCGACCUUCACCGGCCGCAUCCUCGCGACACUCAGCCAGUUUAAACUGCACGAGUGCUACAACGUACUGCUGGCCAUGGAGAAUGAGCAGUACCUGCACGAGCUGACGAAGCAGCGGGUGACGCGCCACGCCGAGGCGCUGUGCCUCGGUGACGCGCGCUCGAUCCCGGUGGAAGACGCCCUCCGUAUGAUCACGGUGGCGCGUGCUAACACGCCCGAGGUGGAUAACAUCCUUCUGGCGUUGGGGGAGAUCGUCGAGGUGUCAGACAUAUCCACCGUGGAUGAAGGCAUAGUGGUCGACGCGCUCGAUGCCGUGUGCGGCAUGGCGGGGCGCGUCGACCGCCUAUGCGUCGGCAAGCUCUUCGAUGAGGUCUGCGCCAGGCUCGAGGAGAGCUCGGACUGUAACCACUCACGCAAUAUCGCACUGCUCCGUGCGUUGGCCACGUUCAAGUAUCGCAGGCCCUUGGCCAUAGAACUCAUACAGGAGAGAUUGCGCGACAACGCGCACACGGCCAACACCGUUGAACUCUGCCGGUACAUGUCACUGGCGGCGGAGGCUGCCCGAGGGCAGCAUUCAGCAGCUGUACCGCUAAAACUGUCAGUGGCAAACGUCAGAGCUGAGGCCAUGAAGGCGGCGGAUAAGCUCCUAGGGGACCGAUCGCUCGCAACGCAGUUCCUUAUCGGAUGCUUGGGUUCUUCGAGACCUUUUGAAGACAUCCUGGAGAAUGUGGCGCUGCUCCAGCCAGCGGAUGUGUUACGGCUAUACGAGGCCAUAGCGCACGCAAGGGCCGAUUUAGACCCCGACGUCACGGAGGGCGUAGAGCGGUUUGUCAAGCACGCUUGGGGCCUGAGCCCGCAGAUGACGGCGACAGAAGCGGCUCGGCUUAUGCGAUGCGGGCGACUGGAUGUGGACUCGGCGGUGGGGGCAGAUAUGUUACACGAUACGUUCCAUCGUGUGAUGUCUGAAAUGGAGGCCCUCCCCGCAGACUCGAAGGCCGCGUUGCUCGACUUUUGUUCCAGUCAAGUCAUACGUGAUAGGCGUGAACGUUUCGCCAAAAAAAUCUUGGCAAAGCUGGAGGCCGAGCCGGCCUCAGUGCCGCGUAACGCUGCCGCCGCAGCCGCGGUACUGGACAUUUACGAGCUGUAA